GCAGUUCGUCUGUAGUGUCUUCGCUGUGUGGUCCACAAUACCUGUUUAGGUUCUUCGUUGGGUUUAUUAGUUUGACAUCAGCUGAUUUAGGCUUAUUUUCUAUGAAUUAAAGUUUUAAUUUUUAUUUAUUAUUUUGCGUGUAAUGAAUAUUUCCUAUGACAAAAAGUGCAAAACUGCAAUGGCGCAUGUCCAAGAAAUAGUAUUUUUAAUCAUUCAACGUGUUCUUAAGUAAAAUAAUAUUCUUCGACAAGAAAAAAUUUCCACCUUAUUACGAUGGCUAGAAUUUUUAGUUACCAUUAUGUGUUCAACAAAUGUAAACGUUGCUUUGUAAAUAUUGUUUGAAAAACACAAACACGCAUGUUGCAAAAUUAAAAUGAACAGAGAAUGCCCGGGGAGUCAAAUCCACGAUAGCAGCUGCUGGUUUUCGACAUGAAGAUGUCGAUUGGUCGUUCGAGUCGCUAAAAAAAAUAGUCAUUUGAAUUUUUUUACUGUGUGAUAAUAUUUCUGUUAAAUUUUCGCACAAAUGUUACCAGUAAAAAACAUUUGCGCCAAUUCUACACCCAUUUGGGACAUAUAAGUUACAAAUAAUUGUGACGAAAGAACAAAGAGAGGCAGAGAGGUAAAUUGACAGGAAAGAAAAGGCUCCUGACUAACAGUGGUAACGGCAGCAUGACGUGCCGAGCGGCGCACCGGGCGCAGUUGGGGAAGGGGGAAGGGGGAAGGGGGAAGGAGGGAGGUGAGCUGGUGGCCACACUGUCACCGGGGACCUCCAAGGACCUCCAAGGACCUCCAGGGACGGCGCGACCUCCGGCAGCCUCUCACCCCGCGACACGCGACCCGCAGGACGCUAUAAGAACACUCCGGGUGGUCCUCGGGACCAGAGUCCUGCUCUGCAGCCGCGCCGAAGCUACCUACCGUCCUCCGACAUGAAGCUGCUGGUGGUCCUCCUGACGCUAGCCGUCUGCGCGCGAGGUGAAGACAAGCAGCAGGAAGCCACGGAGAAGACCGUGGACAAGCGUGGGGUCUUCGGCCUGGGCUACGGCUACGCCGCUCCCCUGGGCUACGGCUACGGCCACGGUCUGAGCUACGUCGCCGCGCCGGCCGUCGUAGCAGCUCCCGUCGUCACCAAGGUCGCAUACGCGGCGCCGGUCGUAGCCAAGGUCGCCUACGCCGCGCCCGCUUACAGCUACGCCGCUCCCCUGGGCUACGGCUACGGCCACGGUCUUGGCUACGGCUACGGCCACGGUCUGGGCUACGGCUACGGCCAUGGCCUCGGCUACGGCUACGGCUUCCAUCACUGAAGGCCACUACCCCCCUACGACACAUUUAAAUCAUCCACUAUUGACUCAUCCAGUGAUUCCUCCUGUGUUCUGAGAAAUUGUUCACCCACAGCAUAGCACAUUUUUUUUUGACGUUUGUAAUGAAGACAGAAAUGAAAUAAAAAAAAUGUUUUCACUUUUAAGCUUUCUAAUUUUUUUGGACUACAUGUUUGGUCAACUUGUGGAAUGAUUGAAGGCGUUUUGCACAAAUAUAGUUCAAGUGUGAUAUAGUUUCAUAAUCUUACAUAUGUGAUCAUGAUUAGAACGCACACUCACACCUUGAAGAACGCAACCUGCACUCUCAUCUCGGCAGGGUUUGGGUACGUGAUUCCAUGUAAUUAACUAAACAACAUACAACACAUUUGUAAUGUGUGUAUUAGCUGCAAUGCAUACAUGACACAGAGCAUGGCAUUAGCGUAAUGAAACGAACGUACAUCACAUUAAUAUCGUCAAACCUUGCCCGAACUUUCCAUUUAGUGCAGAAUACAACCAUAAGCAAUCUGAAUCGAAUUAUGAAAGAUCAUAACCAGAGUAAAGUUUUGUGUUUGAUACAUGAACGAUGUUAUUAACUUCGGUCAUUACAAACUUUCACUUUCCGAGAGUUUGCUGAUAACGCGAGACGUAAGUUUCGGAUGAAUCUUAGGUCUUUACGAUAAUGUACUCUUUAAGUAAAUAUUUAUAAUAGCACUGAUACUAAAUUAAGAGAGAAGGAUAUAUAAGGAGAAACAGAGAAUUUAGGGCCAUAGAGUGGUUUGUUCGCUCACUUAGAAACUGUUUCUCUGCCAUGAACUAUAUCGCUGUCUUUAUGUCUUUGAACGCACAAAGGCGUUCGUUUUUAUUACGAGCACAUUUUAAAUUACGUUGCUACCAUUUUGGCAUAAUUUUACUGAUCUUGACGUAAGGAAAGUUAAUUUAGGCAAAGCAAAGAAGUUGGUCUCGCUCCUUUAGAAACUACGUGUUUCACGUUCACUGCAGCUGUGAAGGCGAUCAGCGAUCCCUGACAUAUGGUGGAGGAAACGUGGCAGUGCUCUGUGGAUCAUCUCAUUGCAUGCUUUCUCAAUUACAUUAGCUCUUUAUCAGCUGGCUGCGAAUUAUGAGUAUCUGUUGAUACGGCGAUGUGUGUUUCUAAGUUAUGAUCGUCAUGACUUAUGACAGUUAUAAGUUAUAUGGUAUUUUCAAGAAGUCUAAUAUAUGACUGUUCUAAGUUGUGACUUUCUAAGUUAUGUGGGGAUCCCGUCCAUGCCAUGUAACUUGUCAAAAAAUUUGACCUUUUUUCAAAAGCAUUAGUGUUACAAAUUUCCCAACUGUUUCUGGCAAAGCAAUACGUGAUGUUUGUUUGGGAAUAUUGACAACCACGUGAAGUUUUUUUUAACUAAAUCUAUUGACAGACUACUGUGGAAAAGAGGAUAGCUGCUAAUUUAAUGGUUAAUAAAUAUUCGUGUAAAAUAUUAGAUGAUUGUAAGUUUGUACAUUGAUAUAAAAACAACUGUAUCACUACAAAAUAAUGUUCCCAGUAAAACUGUGUUCAGAUUCUUA